AUGAAGAACCAUUUCGCUAAGAUGUGCAGAAGUCGAGAUCAAGAAUCUCAAAGGAGAACACAGAAACCUGUGAAGAGCGUUUCCAGGAAACCUACGAGGAGUAUUCAUCCAAUUGAAGAAGCCGAACCAGCAAUCACUGAUGGUGAAGUUUACUGCAUGUAUUCAGUCAUUGACAGCAGCCGUUCUAAAUACAUGAUUCAACCUCAGCUGAGAAGGGGACGGACAAGUGAUUGGAUUGAGGUGACCAUGCAGAUUGAUAGCGGAUCAGAGGCUAAUUGCUUGAGAAUGGAAGAUUUUAUAAAGAUUCAAAACCGACCAGACUUGAAGAAAACUCGUGUCAUUUUGAAAGCGUACAAUGGAGAACGUGUGUUUCCCAAAGGUGAAGUCUGCCUUGACAUCCAGAUUGGUGGAAAAAAAACCAGAGCAAAAUUCUUAGUGGUUGAUAAUGCUCCAAGUUCACUGUUAUCAGGAAAAACAUGUGAGGAGUUGGAACUCCUGUCUACUAAAAGAGAAUUACUCGUCAACUCAGUUUCUGACGUAAAAGAGUUGAUCAAGGAUGCUAUUUUACGAGAACACAACGAUCUAUUCACUGGGCUAGAGUACAUUGGAAAUUACAAGAUUGAACUGACAGAAGGAGCAGUACCGAAACAAGAUGUGCCUAGAACAGUACCCGUCGCACUGAGAGACGAUAUCAAGAAGAAACUUCAUGAAAUGGAGCAGAAAGGCCACAUAGCGAAAGUUGAAGAACUAACAGACUGGGUGAGCAGUGCAGUAUAUGUGAAGAAGCGCAAUGGCCAACUACGUGUUUGCCUGGAUCCCAGAGAAUUGAACAAGCAUGUCAAAAUACCAAAGCUCUGCCUUCCAACCAUUGAUGAUGUGACCUCCAGGCUUGUUAAAGCGCAAGUGUUCACAGUCCUGGACGCUAAAGAUGGAUUUCUGCAAGUGAAGCUAAAUGAGGACUCUAGCAAAUUAACAACAUUUCACACUUCUUUUGGUAGAUACAAGUGGCUUAGGAUGCCCUUCGGUAUGUAG